GAUGCUGCGCGCUGACUGGAGCCGCCGCAGAAGAAGAGAGUUAGUAUUGUAAACACAAGGAUAUGGCUGACGAGAGGGGUGGAGGAGGCGAAGACAACAUCAACGACAACAUGGGCAACCAGCUGCAGCUCGUACCAGACAAUGAGGAGGAAGAGGAGGAGGAGGAUGACAUGGAGACUGAAGACCGAGACAGUGAGGAGGCAGAGAAGCCCAGCAUCAUCACCUUUGACCCCAGUCUUCCCACAUCACAUGCUUACCUGGGUGCAGACAUGGAGGAGUUUCACGGCCGCACGGUCCACGAUGACGACAGCUGUCAGACCAUCCCCGUGCUGCCGCACACGGCCGUGAUGCUGGUCCCCGGGCAGACGCUGCCUCUGCAGCUCUUCAGGCCGCAGGAGGUCAGCAUGAUGCGGAGCGUCAUCCAGAGAGACCGCACCUUUGCUGUGCUCGCACACAGUGGGUCAGGUGAGCCGGACGCAGAGUUUGGGACAACAGCUGAAAUAUACGCAUACCGAGAGGAGCAGGAAUACGGCAUCGAGACUGUCAAAGUGAAAGCUGUGGGGAGGCAGAGAUUCAAGGUCCAUGAGAUAAGAACUCAAGCGGACGGGAUCAGACAAGCCAAAGUACAGAUUCUUCCAGAACGAAUCCUUCCAGAUCCCCUCUCUGCUGUGCAGCUAACACCGCUGUCCAGGCUCCACAUGCACCCCUCCUCCAAACCCCUGACCCAGAGCUGCAAACAGGCUCAGCGCUGGUGGAAUAACUACCAACAGAGGAAGUUUCACUGUGCCAGUCUGACGCCGUGGCCACCCUGGGUCUACGCGCUCUACGACUCCGAGUCCCUCAUGAACCGAGUGAAGAAACAGCUCCAUGAAUGGGAUGAGAAUCUGAAAGAUGACUCUCUCCCUACGAAUGCCGUAGACUUCUCCUACAGAGUGGCGGCCUGUCUGCCCAUAGAUGACGCUCUGCGGCUCCAGCUCCUGAAGAUUGGCAGUGCCAUCCAGAGACUCCGCUGUGAGCUGGACAUCAUGGACCGGUGCACGUCACUUUGCUGCAAGCAGUGCCAGGACACAGAAAUCACCACAAAAAAUGAGAUCUUCAGUCUGUCUCUGUACGGCCCCAUGGCUGCAUACGUCAACCCUCAUGGUUACGUCCACGAAACGCUGACUGUCUACAAAGCCAACAAUCUCAACCUGGUCGGCAGGCCAUCAACGCUGCACAGCUGGUUUCCAGGGUACGCCUGGACGAUCGCUCAGUGCCGAACCUGCGGGUCUCACAUGGGUUGGAAGUUCACAGCCACCAAGAAGGACUUAUCUCCGCCUCGUUUCUGGGGUCUGACCCGUUCGGCUAUGCUCCCUCGUAUCCCCCAGGGUGAGAGUGAUGGGGAGGAGGGAAGAGAGGGCUCUCGUCUCUUCUGCCUGUGACGUGUCAGACCAUCAUUUAAAAAAACAAAAACAAACAAAAAAAAAACCCCUCCUAAGCCUGGAUCUUUAGGCACUCUCUGUCUGUGAUUACCUAAAGUGAUCAAUGCCUCACCUGUCACCCCUGGCAGCAAAUCCAUCAUAUUAGUGGAAAGGUCAUUCAGCCUUUAAAUGGCGCUCUGAAAACAAAUUAGAAAAAGGAAAAGGUGGUCACGAUUGUUCUUAAAGGUUCUUGAAAUAUGGAGGCAGCAGUGAGACGACUAAGUGCGUUGUGUUUUAAAGUGAGAAAGAAACAGACACGUGGUAACAUCCCAGCAUGCAGCUCCCUAAUCUGCACCCCUUGUCCUGCUGAUUUCUCGGUAGGUGCAGACACACAAACAAACACAGAAAAUAUAUUUAAUGCAUAUUUAUCAUUCAGCUCUUUUCCUCCGUACGACAGGAGAGAGUGGCUGCUUGCAUUUGAGAUAGAGACAUUGUUGCCAAGCAGUUAGUCUUUAAUCUGUCGUCAAACAAACCAGUUCAUGUAAAAUUCACUUAGCAUUUAGAACCUCUGCAGGCAAGAACGUGCGCUCAUGUUUGUGUAGAUCUGAUUUUGACUCUGGGGAAUGAAAUCGGAUGUAUUUUUGUAUGCAAGAAGAUUGGAGAGUAACUCAUCCAUGUGUGGAGACAUUGUGCUAUUUAUUAUCACGCCAGCUUUUUUUGUGUAAUAAACAACAAACUGAGGUGACAAUAACAAUCAAGUGUAAUAUACUCGAUACAAUCAGUGUCUGUUUUGUAUUCGAUGGAGGCUCCUUGUCCUGUCAGAUGUGCUUCAGGAAACAAGUGUUAUCUCUGCUUGCACAAGCGAAUAUUAGAGAUGUCUCUGUGCCUAAUGGCAGACUGUUUUUGUUUUUUAAAGGUUGAAGCUAAUUAAAACAGACUGCGAGAGAGAGAAGCUUUCACACUUCUUCAUUUGGUUGGCUCAUGUUGUGUUGCUUGUUGAAAUGGUGUGCCUACGACGCAGCUCAGAGUCUUUAGAUAAGUUUCGAUGAGUCAGCGAACCACAGACGUCAGUGAAAGACUGUAAAUGGCAAAGUGAUUAUGAGAUUUUGCAUUUAAUUCUUGAUGUUUUUUCUUUAGGAUUCGCUUUGGUUUUGUAGUUUCACACUUUUCAGGAUUUUACUUCUGGGUUUUUGUUUUUUUACUUGCUUUAUUGCAAGGUGCUGGCUCAUGUUUGUACAAAUGUGACUGUAAAUAAGAGGCAGUUAUAGUUAUAGCAUUUGUUGUGUAAUUUAACUGGUGAAUCUGGCUCUUAUUUCUCAGAUCUCUUCACGUCAAAGAGAGUCGUUGGGAACAAACCCUAAAGCAAAGUAUUUGAUCGCAAUAAUAAGAAAUCGUCUAGAUUGUGAACAUGCUGGUCUGUCUUAUUAAAUACUUUCUUAAUAGUUUGACAGGAAACACGCUUAUUUACAAGAGUUGAAGGUUAAAGAUUGAGACUGCUCUCACGUCUCUAAGAUGCACAUUAAAUCAGCUUAUUAACUUACCAGAAAGACAGGAAACAGGGAAGCAGCUCGCCAGUAACAAAUCUGCCUAACGCACCCCUAAAGCUCAGUAAUUAACAUGUAUGUUUACAUUGGUUAUGUACCUGGAUGUCCAUUGAUUGAUUGUAUGAAAUAACCUGUUAAUUAACAAGCUUUAAAGAUGCUGGUAUAUAAAUACCUGUGGAUAGAGCGAGGCUAGUUAUUUCCCUUUAUACUAAGCUAAGCCUACUGGCUGCUGGAUCCUACAGAUGUGACAUUAUUAUAAAUCUUACCUGUUUAUUCUGAGUGAAAUGAAAACAACUUUUUGGUUUCA